AUGGGAAGUCUGGGGGUUCAGCCAUUUCAGGCAAGCAUUCAUAAGAUCGAAGCCAAUCUCAAGGACCAACUUUUUUAUAUUGAAGGCACAGCCGCUCCGUCAUCUAUCGUCUCAGCCAUCGAAUCUACGGGACGAGAUGCGAUCUUGCGCGGAAGUGGAAAGUCGAACUCGGCCGGGGUGUGCAUCCUUGAGACUCACGCAAAAGCCGUGUCAGAUCCGGUCCGCGGAUUGGCACGUAUGGUACAAAUUUCCGAAGAGCAUACACUGGUGGACUUGACACUUCGAGGGGUGUCGCCGGGCACAUACUAUGCUACGGUUCGGGAAACGGGCGAUAUCUCACGUGGGGCAGCUUCAACAGGUGGGAUCUGGGGGUCAAUCAAGACCUUGGCAGGCUUUAAUCAGCCUCGUGGGGUGUUUGGAACGAUCCAAGUCGGUAAGGAGGGUCGUGGCAGUACAUUUUUGGACCAACCUGUAUCAGUUUGGGAAAUUGUUGGUCGCAGCAUGGUGGUGUCGAAACAGCAAGAGUCACCGUUUCAGCCUGAGGAUCAAGACACCCUUGUUGGCGUGAUCGCCCGGAGUGCAGGAGUCUGGGACAAUGACAAGACGGUAUGUAGUUGCUCGGGGAAGACAGUCUGGGAAGAGCGUAAGGAGCAGACGGGCAAAGGCAUGUUAUGA